UACUUUUUGAUGUGAUGAAAGGAAAACAAAUUAAAGAAAGAAUUAUUACUUAUAUACAGAUGUAUGUACUAUAUAAAAUAUACAUACUGCUAUAUGAAUGCAAAUUAGGGAGAAAAAAUUGCUAUGAUGAGUCACAGUGUGAAUAAUUUUCUCUCACUAUUGACUUUUUGUAUACAUCAAGUACUGAUUUCGUAUCUUUACAAUCACGCAAGUUCAAGUAGACAUAUUACAUAGCUUAGAAAUAGAACCCUUAAGAAAUAUACCUACUAAACAACGUGAAAGAAAAUUUAUUUUAAAUUUUUAACUUAAAAGGGAGGAAAAGGGAAAGUCUCAAUGAAAGAAUUUGUUUUGUAUGUCUAUCUGACUAAUAAGCCAAUGUACUCCGGAAGUGGUAAAAAAUUCACUGUUUUUUUUUCUUCAUUACCAAUUAAAUUUUCUCCCACAAAAGUAUUCGCAAGGCCUUAAAAAACAAUACACGUACACAGAAAGGUUACAAGAAGUAACUCUGCGCUCGCAAAAAGAAAUACAAAAAUUAUCAUUUGGUUUUAUGAAAGUUGCAGAGAAGGAAGAACUUUAUCCAAAAAAAAAUGCAAUAUGAAAUUUGAAGUAAACAAUAAAUUGAAUUACAAAUAGCACGCUCUCAAAUAUUUAAUUUAAUUAUUAUUUAAUUUUGCAAAAUGAAUUAUUCAAAAUAUUCACUGGUCGAUUAAGUUGUCUGCAUAAAAAACUCAAAGUUUUUGAGAUUUCCAUUCCAAUAUUAAAUGAAGCGGAAAAACUAAGAUUCUUUUUUUUUUAAUUUAAAGAAAUACUUUUUUUGCUUGCCAAGUUAAUUUUUUUAGUUUCAUAGAAAAAAAAUCUCAAACUCUCAAAAUUUUAAACCAAACUGAGGAAAAGAUAAAACAAUAAAAUUGAAAAAAAGGUUAAAAAGAGAAAAACGUGUAGGCAGACAAAAGAGGGUUAGCAAAGAACUGCGGGGAAACUCGUAGUUGCCGUUCAAGCCGGAAGGGGUUCGUUGGUGCGUAAGAGCACCACACGUGCACCAUUGCCAGAAGUCUCAGUAGAGCGAGGGGUGAGGCUAUUGCCCGCUAGAUGGCGCUGCGGCUAUCGGCCGCUAGGUGGCGUUAGCAUUGCCAGGGUGCCAAGAGAGAGUGCUGCUGUCAGUACGAGCGAAAGCUAGUCAGUCGAUGACAGACCGUUGAAUGAGCAGCACGGAGUGGCACGUGGCUGGCUGGCUAAGAAGUGAGGCUGGCAAUGGGCUCUCCGGCUGUUCGGUGCGUAGGGGGGGCCCUUCAGGCACCCUACAUUUCAGAAGUGGUAAAAGUGAAGUGGCAGUGAAAGUGAAAAAAAAGGAAAAAAUGCCCCAGGAGAAAAUGGCGACGCCGACAACGCCAGAAAAGGAGGCGAAAAAGGGGGCGAUGAGCUGCCAAAGAAGAUGCCCAGAGAAGGAAAAGGCGCUGGGGAAUUGCGCAGAAGGAUUCAGAUAAGUGUUUGUUGGAUGCUGAUUUAAUAAAAUGGAUAUUAUUUUGAGCUUUAUUCCAUGAUUUUCUCGGAUUAAAUUAAUGGCGUUGGGUAUUGCGUCAUAAAAGUGCAAAUUAGGGUUCGAGACUAGAAAAUUUCAUGAAAGUUUUGAAAAUAUGUGGCAAUAAAUGAAAAAGUGUGGCAUAAAUUAGGGUAAAAUAAUCGUGAAAAUUUGAAUCUAAUCGUGAAAAGAAAGAGAAUUAAGAAGUUUUAGUUGCCACUGUGAGGUCAUUAUGAGAAAUAUUUCCGAGAAUUUUGUCGAUUUGUGCUGAAUUGCGCGAUGAAAAUUUUAAGAAUGAAAAAAUGGAAAGAAGAAACUAUUGCGUUUUAUUCAUAGGGAAUUAUAUGAUUUUGAUUAAUAAAAUGAUAUGAAAAAAGAAUUAAAAAGGUCGUUGAAAAAAAAUUCAAAUUUCCCGCGCAAUGUGAAACAUGGCGAAAAUGUACGAAGCAAGUUGAAACGUUUCAUUGUUUUCUGCUGUCAAAAAAAAAAAAAAAAAACAAGUCACUGCGUAGAAAAGAAUCCGUGUUUGUGAAAAUUGUUGCAAAAUUUACAAGAAAAAGCGAAGAAUUAUCCCCAUAUGGUGCCAGUGAAAGCGAGUUCAAAGUGUUAAUAAGAAACAGGAGAGUGAAGAUUUUGAGGUUAAUUCCGAGAAGAAUAUUGCGUUCCACGAUACAAUAAAACGCAAAAGGAAUUCGCAUCCCGGAGAAAUUACGAUGGCGAUCCCGCCGUUGUGUAUGAAGGAAGGAAAGCAAUUAUGGGAUGAAGAGGAGGAUGAUUUUCAAAGGCCUCGGAAGAAAAAUUGCAAGUUGUCAGGCAUGAAUGCUGCAGAUAUUGCUGCUCUGAUUCCCGUGUUUGGAGAGAAGGGUGAGAAUUUUAUCCGUGCAGAAGAUUGGAUCCGUCGGGUGGACACCCUCAGAAUUACGCACGGGUGGACGCAAAAGAUCACAAUGGUUUAUGCGGCAAUGAGAUUGAGAGGUGCAGCAGCAUUUUGGUAUGAAACUGCGCAGGAAAAUCUAGCAUCUUGGAUCCAGUUCAAGGAGGAAUUGAUGGAUAACUUUCCGGAUGCAAUGUCAAAGAAGGAAGUUCACGAAAUAUUGAAGAGAAAGAAGAAGAAACCAGAUGAGGAGGUGGAAUUGUAUUUCCACAAAACCGUGGCAAUUGGAAAGAGAGCGAAAUUGGAGGAUCCCGUGAUUAUGGAGUAUUUGAUUGAUGGCCUUGAAACUGAAGCACAAAAGACAGCAUUGAGGUCCAAAGGCAAUGUAGCACUUAAAGAUCUUUUGAAGGACAUGGUGAGGGUUUGCCAGUCACAGCAAAAUGAGUCGAAAAUGGAGUCCGCCAAGCCUGAGACAGAAAACAAGGUGAAAGAGCAAGUUGAUGACCGACGUGAUUUUCGGGACGAACGAGAUAUGUACAGAGGAAGAUUCAGAAAGAGGAAUUGGCGUCCAAGAUGGCAACACGAGGAUUAUUAUGAGGAAGAGAAGACUUCCGGAAAUAAAGGAAAUUCGACAGAGGCGAAAGAGGCAAAAGAGACAAAAGAAACAGAAAAGGAGAAAGACGUGAAGCAGGACAAGGAAGAACAGACAAGGAAGAAGUAUGUCAAGAAAUGCUGGCGUUGUAAUUCCGAAUCUCACCUGGCGUACGCGUGCAAGCGUGGGGGUGGCACAACUCGCCACCAAGGAAAAUAAUGAGUUGUAUAAGACGGUAGAGAUUGAUGGGAAGUUUUGCAGGUAACAGAAAAGAGUAAGGCGUACAGAAUGUUAAUCACGGAGUUGAAUAGUUUUGCUGACUAGAGGAGCUUCACUAAACGGAACCUACUUUCGGGGAAUUAUCAGAUUGAAAUUAGUGAGAAAUUGAGGAAAUAUCUCGCAUUGGUGGCCCAGAGGAGUACACAGAUUGUCAAGCGGUGUGAAAGACAAAGACAAGGAUGAAAUUGGAAUAAGAAAAAUAGCAAUAUGGUGGAUGCAAUGGAAGGUGAGAUGCAGGGGCUCUCAUAUGCAACAUGAAGGAUGUCUUAGCGGACCAGCAAACAAGUUUAAAAAAAAAGCAGAUAGCAGAAAUAUAAAUAAAAGAUGUGAAAUUGAUGUUUAUUAAGAGAAUUUUUCAGGGAAAAUUAAUAAGAAAUAAAAGAGACAAGCCUUAAAAGAGUUUUAGUACACAUUCGAUUAAUUUACAAGUAGAUGAAGGCUGGAAGUUUGUACGUCCUAGAAGGAUAUAUUUAGUAUGUCGUACAAUCGAUUCGUGAUAGAAUGGACAUACAGUAGUGAAGAGGAUAGUACAAAUGAACUUUUAGUUUCCUAAAUUGAGAGGUUUUGUUGAGAAAUUUAUCCAGAAUUAAAAUAAGAAAUUGAAAGAUGAGAAUGAGAAAGGGAUUGCACGUGUAGAGAGCGAAGGUGUCUUAUUCCUCCCGUAGCAUAUGAAUCAGGCAGGCUCGUUUCAGAAAGGGAGGAGAAGAAUGAGUGCAUACGAGCAGUAAUGGGUGCGAGUGUACGAGGUUUGCAAUCUAAAGGUCGAUGAAAAGGCAAAGGUGGAAGAUACCCUAAAGUGUCCGUAAGGGAAUGUUUUGAGUUCAUCUCUUAUCAGAGGAAAUAAUGAAUAAAAUAGUCAAUGUUGAGGAAUAAUAAGAAUGCUUUGAAGAAAAAUAAAGAUGUAAGGAGUAUGGAAAAGUAGACUGGGAGUUGCAAUACCUAGAUGGUCGAGAUUGCAUGAAGGGUAGGUUUAUUCGAGAAGAAUAAGACACCAAGCCCAGAUAGUUCCAUAAAAUUGGUGCGUUAUUGUUGAAAUUACACGAAAAUCGAAAGAAAACUAGAAGGAUUCCCACACUGAAGGCUUGGAAAUUGAAUGAUGGCUAUGGAAGAUUGUUAGGUUAGUUAAAGCGCCACAGCAGGAUGAAAAAAAAAAAUCUUAAAAGAAAAUCUUCGCACAAAUUGGCUGGAGUGAGAGAAAAAAUCUUCGCCUGAUAUUGCUGGAGUGAUAAAACUUCGCCUGUAUUGGCUGGAGUGAUAAAUCUUCGCAUAGUUUGGCUGAAGUGAGAGAAAUCUUCGCCUGAUAUUGCUGGAGUGAUAAAUCUUCGCCUGUAUUGGCUGGAGUGAUAAAUCUUCGCAGUUUGGCUGGAGUGACAAAAUCUUCGCCUAGUGCUGGAGUGGUAAAUCUUCGCCUUGUGGUGGAGUGGUAAAUCUUCGCCUAGUGCUGGAGUGGUAAAUCUUCGCCAAGUGCUGGAGUGGUAAAUCUUCGCCUUGUGGUGGAGUGGUAAAUCUUCGCUUUGUGCUGGAGUGGUAAAUCUUCGCCUUGUGGUGGAGUGGUAAAUCUUCGCCUUGUGGUGGAGUGGUAAAUCUUCGCCUUGUGGUGGAGUGGUAAUAUUCGCAUUGAUGGUUAGAGUGGUAACUCUUCGUGUAUAGUUAAAGUGGGUAAAUCUUCACAGAUUGAGCUUAGUAAAAUUACAACAAUAGAAAUGACGAAAUGGAAAGUAAAACCAAAAGUAUCCAGAAAGAAAAUAUAGAAAGCACAUCUACAGAGAACUAACUAGUAUCGGUACAAGGUUUUGGAGUUGGAAUAAACUCCAUACGUGAAGAGAGGAAAAAGUAGUUAUCUAGUCUAAAGUCAGAAGAGUGCAAGAGAUUACAAGAGAUUACAAAGGGGUUUUGAAAUUAGGAUUCCGAGAGGAAGUUUCCGAAGAUCAUAUGUUAAGACAUAAGGAUCACAGCUUAAGAGUAAUAAGGUGAAUAAUUUUAAUAAAUGAAUAAAUCGGCGCAGUGAUGGUUAGUAUUAGUAAAACAUGGCCUAGAUAAAGGAAAUGUUAAAUCUGCGCAUAAAUUUGAAGCUGGAGUGAUAAAUCUUCGCCCAAUUGGCAGGAGUGAUAAAUCUUCACCUAGUUUUGCUGAUAUGUGGAAAUUUAGCCUAGCAUGGCUAGAAUAAGGAAGUUCGGAUGAAUAAGAAAUUGUAGAUAUCUUUAAUAGGAAAAUUAAUAUAAGGUUCAAGAUAAUAGUAAGAUAAUAAGUAAUAAUAGAGGCAAGAGAACAAAAGAAGGGGUGGACCCGUCAAUGGGGACAUUGACACAGUCAGGAAAGGCCGAAUGUAGGCAGACAAAAGAGGGUUAGCAAAGAACUGCGGGGAAACUCGUAGUUGCCGUUCAAGCCGGAAGGGGUUCGUUGGUGCGUAAGAGCACCACACGUGCACCAUUGCCAGAAGUCUCAGUAGAGCGAGGGGUGAGGCUAUUGCCCGCUAGAUGGCGCUGCGGCUAUCGGCCGCUAGGUGGCGUUAGCAUUGCCAGGGUGCCAAGAGAGAGUGCUGCUGUCAGUACGAGCGAAAGCUAGUCAGUCGAUGACAGACCGUUGAAUGAGCAGCACGGAGUGGCACGUGGCUGGCUGGCUAAGAAGUGAGGCUGGCAAUGGGCUCUCCGGCUGUUCGGUGCGUAGG